AUGACGGCGGCCGGCGGCGGCGGCGGCGGCGGCGGCGGGAGCACCCAAUACCCAAACUUCUGGGGCAGCGAGCCGGAGGAGGAGGAGGACUACUACGCGGCCCACGGCGUCCGAGGAAGCAAGUCCUUCUACGAGGUGCCGGACGGAGGGCCCACCCUCUUCACCCGGUCCUGGCGCCCCCUCUCGUCUGCCGCACCCCGCGCGCUGAUCUUCAUGAUCCACGGCUACGGCAACGACAUCAGCUGGACCUUCCAGUCCACCGCCGUCUUCCUGGCCCGCUCCGGCUUCGCCUGCUUCGCCGCCGACCUCCCCGGCCACGGACGCUCCCACGGCCUCCGCGCCUUCGUCCCCGACCUCGACUCCACCCUCUUCCACCUCCUCUCCUUCUUCCGCUCCGUCCGCCGAGACCAGGACCAGGACCAGGACCAGGACCGGGGCGGGGCGCUCCCCUGCUUCCUCUUCGGCGAGUCCAUGGGCGCCGCCCUCUGCCUCCUCCUCCACCUCCGCACCCCGCGCGACGAGUGGGCCGGCGCCGUCCUCGUCGCCCCGAUGUGCAAGAUCUCCGACCGCAUCCGCCCCCGCUGGCCCCUCCCCCAGAUCCUCACCUUCCUCGCCCGCUUCGCCCCCACGCUCCCCCUCGUCCCCACCGCCGACCUCCUCGAGAAGUCCGUCAAGGUGCCCCGGAAGCGGCUCGUCGCCGCCGCCAACCCCAUGCGCUACAACGGCAAGCCCCGCCUGGGCACCGUCGUCGAGCUGCUCCGCGUCACCGACCACCUCGGUGCGCGCCUCCCCGAGGUCACGCUGCCCUUCCUGGUGGUGCACGGCAGCGCCGACGAGGUAACCGACCCGGACGUCAGCCGCGCCCUCUACGAGGCCGCCCGCAGCGACGACAAGACCAUCCGCAUCUACGACGGCAUGCUGCACUCCCUGCUCUUCGGGGAGCCCGACGACAACGUCGACCUCGUCCGCAAAGACAUCCUCGCCUGGCUGAACGAGAGGUCUUGUUGACUUCGCUCUCCUCUCCUCCUCAACCCGCCAGCAUCUCUCUUUUUUUUUUCUUUUUUCUUUUUUUUUAAAGCCCCCUUAAAUAUUCUUGUGUACUUCAAAUUUGAUUCCAAAUAAGGAGAAAACUAAACAUGGAUCGGCUGCUGAUACUUCAGUUCGGCCA